AUGACGAGCGCUCGAGCGCAUCCCGACGUGGCACUGCCUUUGAUCAUGCACCACGUGGCUUCCGACGUGUCGGCGUCCACGCGCGUAUUGGUCGUUGGCGACGUCCACGGCUGCUUCGAUGAGCUGCAAUUGCUGCUCCAAGCGUGUCAUUUCUCGCCACUCCGCGACCGUCUAGUGUUCGUAGGGGACCUCGUUAAUAAAGGCCCCAAGUCGCUCGACGUUGUGCGUUUCGUACAAAGCUCUGGAUCGCUCUGUGUACGUGGCAAUCACGAAGAUGCAGCUCUGAGUGCGUACUACAAAUGGGUACGUGCUGGCUGCAGUCCGAGAACAGCCAAGUACUCGUAUGUGGAGCAUCUGGAAGCACGUGAUGUGGCGUUUCUAGAGCAAUUGCCGUUCUCGUUGUCAUUGCCAAAUCAUGGGAAUGUUGUCGUCGUUCAUGCUGGAGUAGUACCCGAGGUAGAGCUGAAGGACCAACGACCGGUGGACAUGUACAAGAUGCGCGGUGUGCAACGGGUACAAGCAGCUGAUGGGGGUGGGAAAACGUGGGUUGCACUGGAAAAAGAGAAAUUCAAAAGUGAAGAUGGAAGAGAAGUAGAGAGGUGGGCCAAGGUCUGGAACGGACCUAGACACGUUUACUUUGGACAUGCAGCGGCUGUUGGACUUCAGCAAGAGAGAUUUGCGACAGGCUUGGAUACAGGAUGCUGCUAUGGACGACAGCUUACAGCGUGUAUACUUCCGACGAACGAGUUGGUGCAGGUGGAUGCACUGAAGCAGUACGAAGUGGUGAGUGGUGACAAGAAAUAA